CACAUCUUUUAUGGUAAGGGAUACUGUGACAACGUGUUUGAGAUUUUGUGUCAAGUAGCUGCUAACUAAAAGCGUUAUUAAUAAAAUUAACAAUAUUAAUAAUAUUAAUAAAAAAAAAGAAAGGUGUAAACAUGGCGCUUAAUCUCACUGUUAAAGUGCACCCCGUAGUUUUAUUUCAAAUUGUGGAUGCUUACGAACGACGAAAAGCGGAAUCAUUACGCGUUAUUGGAACCUUAUUGGGUACCGUGGAAAAAGGAAUAGUCGAAGUAACCAAUUGCUUUUGCGUCCCGCAUAAAGAAUCCGAGAGCCAGGUAGAGGCCGAUCUUACCUAUGGAAUGGACUUGUACGAUUUAAAUCACCGAGUUAAUGCGCAAGAGAAUAUUGUCGGUUGGUGGGCCACAGGCAACGAGGUCACCACUCAUUCAUCCGUCAUCCAUGAAUAUUAUGUGCGAGAAUGUAACAAUCCAGUGCAUUUGACAGUUGAUACUACAUUGGCAAACACAACAAGAAUGGCGAUCAAGGCUUAUGUAUGUGUUCCAUUAGGAGUGCCUAAUGGCAAGCAAGGCUCCAUGUUUACACCAGUCAAAGUUCAGAUUAGAUGUUAUGAGCCAGAGGUUGUAGGACUACAAUUAUGUUCCAAGACUCAAUUACAACCUCAUAUACAAGCAUCUGGAAUGAAAUCUGGAGGGAUAGAACCCAUGAUGGAUCUUGCACAAGUCUCAGAGGCUUGCUCCAAACUUUCUUUAAUGCUAGAACAAGUGCUCGCAUAUGUUGAUGAUGUUCUAGCAGGAAAACAAUUACCAGAUAAUCAAGUGGGCAGAGCCCUUUUGGAUAUGGUACAUUCUGUGCCAAAAAUGAGUAGCGAUCAAUUUGAUGAAAUGUUUAAUAGUAAUGUUAAGGAUCUUCUGAUGGUUGUCGCAUUAUCGCAAUUGAUAAAAACACAAUUGCAACUUAAUGAAAAGCUUACACUACUUACAACUCUGUGAUUAAGGGUGUAAGCUUUUAAAAGUUUAAUUUUUUAUAUUAAAUAAUGUAAUAAAUAAUAUAACGUAAUAUAUUUAAUAAUAAUGAUCCAUUUCUCAUAUAUAUUGAUUCCUGUUAAUAUCGUGAUAUGAUAUAAUUACGAUAAUAGUAAAUUACAUCAUUAUAUUAUAUAUCAUUAUAUUAUUAAUUUUUUAAAACACUGCAAAAUCUCAAUUGGUCGUUAGUAACAGGAAUAUGUGAGAGAUGAAUCAUUAUUAUUGGCAUAUAUGAAUCAUAAUUAGGCAUAAUUUGAUAUAAUACAUGUACAAUACACACAUAGUAAAAUACAUGUUAUAAAUAA